AUGAAGAUUCUACUAGUUGCCAUCAGUCUAGCUCUGUGCUACGCAGAGGAGCCAUUCCCAAUAACUUUGGACUACCAUGAGACCAUUGGUAUACCAAAAGCUAAUCUCAUAAGACUGGCUGAAGAGGGAAUUGACUUCGACGGUACCAGGAUCGUUGGUGGUACACCUGCUCGGCUAGGAGAACACCCUCAUUUGGCCGGCCUCCUAAUAACGCUGAUAGAUGGCCGUCAAUCUGUCUGUGGCUCGUCCCUCAUAAGUAGCACACGACUUGUGACAGCCGCUCAUUGCUGGACGGACGGCCGUGUCCAGGCAUCAUUCAUCACGGUGAUCCUGGGUUCUAUUCGUUUGUUUUCCGGCGGUACUCGAAUCGACACCAAAAAUAUCGAACCCCACUCAGGGUACAACACGCAGAACCUUAAUAACGAUGUUGCAAUCAUCAGCGUGGAGCCAGUUCAAUUAAGCAACUCAAUAAGCCCGAUAAAGUUGGCAACUGGAUCCAACUUAUAUGUGGGAGUCUUUGCCACCGCCGCUGGCUUCGGAAAGACUAGUGAUUGGAGUUCCGUGAGUCAAACACAGAACCAAGUGAGUCUCCAAGUCAUAACGAACCAGGCCUGCGCCUCCACAUAUGGGAGCAGUGUUGUCGUGUCGUCAACAAUUUGUAUUAGUGGAUCCGGUGGUAGAAGUACCUGCGGUGGUGAUUCUGGUGGACCACUAAUCAUUGGUAGCGGAGAUGACCGAGAACUUAUCGGUAUCGUAUCAUUCGGUUCAUCACGAGGAUGUCAAUGGGGAUUCCCGGCUGGAUUUGCUCGGGUCACCUCCUUCGCAUCAUGGAUUCAAGCACGCAUGUAA